CGGAAGGGGCCUCCUUCGCGUCCUCCCUUGGCUGGCGAAGAAGGAGGCGGCGUUCGGCCAUGGAGCGCUACGAUAAGGCGUCGCUGAACGCGCUUUCGACCCCCGAGGCCCGAAGUGAAGUUUCAUUAGCCUCAACGCUAAGGACCCUGCUGUUCUUCACAGCUUUAAUGAUUAUGUUACCGAUUGGAUUGUAUUUCUCAACAAAGGCGUAUUUAUUUGAAGGUACCUUUGGAAUGUCCAACAGAGACAGCUACUUUUAUGCUGCAAUUGUUGCCGUGGUUGCUGUUCACAUUGUCCUUGCUCUUUUUGUGUACGUAGCAUGGAAUGAAGGCUCCCGGCAGUGGCGGGAGGGCAAGCAGGACUAAGAGGUGUGAAUUGCUGCCUGACAAAGGAAGAUUUGUGGGUGUGGUACAGCCUCAAAGACAGAACCUUUCAGAAGUCCCUGUUUGAAUUGGACAGGAUGGGUGGGAUGGAAAAAAAUUUGUUUGUAUGAAUCUGUGAUUUCAGGGGUCGCAAAAUUUAGCAGAGCUGGGAAAACCAGCAAGAGGAGCAAUUGAGUACACUGACUCUUUGCUCCAUAAAUAGUAAUGACUUUGGAAUCCACCUCUAGAUAAUGCUUUCAGUAGAGUUGGUAAUAUCAAGGUAAUUUGUGAGCUUCCAGUAUCAGUGAACGGAUUGGAUUCCUGCAUCCUCUGGAAGGAGAUCAAUUUUUGGAUUCGAUCCGACAUGGGAACCGUUGGUCUUAACGGCUAAGAAACGCAGGUGUUUUUGGAACGGAUGUUUAUUUCGUUUGAUGGCAGAACAAUGAUGCCAAGUUCAACCAUUACUCUCUGUAGUAGCUUUUCAUGUAAGAUUUCGCCCCCCUAAAAUUAGAUACUGAGUUUUAUCAAAUGCCAUGAUUUUGAAUGCAGUUCUGUUAUUCACUAUUAAGGAAUGAUUUCCCUUAAGAAUGAGACUUACUUGUUUAAUGGAUGAAGAUGUAAUACAUUUAUGGCCAAUUUCAGAGUCUUAACAAUAUUAUUUGCCAUCCGAAAAUGUCUCCAUGUUGAAAUUUACAGUUUGUUUUAUCACAUGUUCUUUGGGUUGAUCAGUUGCUAUUUUCAGUGUCUUUCUGUUGGCAGCCUGUUAAUUUACUGCCUUAAUGUCUUGCAAAGGAAAGAUCUCAUUGCAGUAACAUCAUUCCUCUUUUAUGGCUGCUGAAAAUCAUGCACAUCAUGUGUUUGAAUGACUUUGAAAUUGGAAUUCAGCCUGAACUUCCGGUUGCCAGUUUUGGGGUGUGUGUGUGGGGGGAAAUUCUCUCAUAAUACGUUAUACAUUAUUUGUUGUGAAAUAACGAAAAUUCUCUUUCCUUCCCCCUUUCAUUGGUGAGAUGGUUGGAUAUCCAACUGGUGCUGCUGCAAAGGUGCCUCUGACAUGACUGGAAUUUUUUGUAUAGAACUUUCCUCACAAGUAACGUGUGGUUCCCACAAAUUGGCAAAAUGAACUUUUCACAAAUGUUGAUCAGGAGCCGGGCUUUCUUCCAAAUUGAAUUAUUUCCCCUAAAUCUUGAUUAUAUUGGAGUUCUAGAUUUCCUCCUGUUGUUCAUACCAAUGAUUUUUGGGACUCAAAAUGCUCAAUGAGCAUUUCCCAGAGAGAGACACACACCCCUCUUUUCUGUUCAGAUCAAACAUUAAAAAUAUUUCAGGUCUGAAUGCAACGAUGCUUUUCAAGUCAAGGAUGCUGCAAACAAGAUUUGCAUUUUGUCAGAGCUUCCAAGUUAUGUAGCUGGUGCUUCUGUUGCACUACAAUGAUCUCAUGGCCCUUUUCAAAUUCCAUAUUUUUCUACGACGCUGCUGAUCUUAUUCUCUCUGAUUAAGUUUGUUGUAAUUACAGAUGUUGCAUUUACAGUCAAAUGCAGUCAUAUAGAUUCAUUGCGGAGCCCAAAGAAUUGAAAUGGCUGUGUAGUAGUUUCUGGAGUUAUCCCUUGAUAGCAGAGCGAGUUGUAAAUAUUGUACCAUCAUUUCUCCGACGUUGAUCGCUUCCUUGUACAUUGGCUGGUCUGGAUGUAUAUUAUGGGAUGUAUCUGUGUUAUCUACUUGCACUGAACUCCAACCGAGGAUAUGAUUGGGUUUCCCACGUUGCACAGCACGUUGUGUGAGAUUCAGUCAUUGGGGUAUGGAAACUGUGAUUUCUAAUGUCAGGUUUUGUGCAAACCCAGUUAUCUGAUUUAUACAAUAAAUUGCGUAAAUCAUG